AUGGCUCAAAACGAUGAGCUCUUUCGCUUUCAGGAUCUACUCAAACCCGACCCAAAGUUCAGAGGCAACUCGGACAUCAAGGCGGCGCAAGACGAGCUUCGCAAUGCACCAUUCGUAUGGUGGCCGGUGAAGACCUACAUGGACCAGAAUGGCGUCGGCCCAGAACAGUAUGCCGUCAUGGGAUGUGAGAUGGCAGAAGAUCCAGACGAGGAGACUACACUCCUGGAUAUCGAUGAAGAUCAUGAGGAGCAACAAGAAGAACCUGAUCUAGUCCCCGUCUUGCUGAACACCAAUUCUCCAUGGUCGGCAUUUCUAUGCGGAUCGCAAGGCUCUGGGAAAUCGCACGCCCUAUCGUGCAUACUUGAGGGUUGCCUGAUGAACGAUCCCGACAUUGGUAGAAAUUCAGCACCACUGGCAGGUAUUGUCUUUCACUAUGACCGAGCGCAAGGUGGCGACGUUUGCGAAGCAGCUUAUCUCUGUGGAAAGAUUCGUACAAAGGUGCUCGUCAGUGCAAGCCACAUUGGUCCGUUGACGGAGCGCUACGAAGCCAUAGCCCAACGUUGUGGUGCGAAGAUCACGGUUGUGAAGAGAAUCUUGCGCGAGAUGGCAAUAAACAAACGUGGCGUCAACGACUUCAAUUACAGGGAUUUCUUGGCCGGACUCCAAAACGCCGGUCUCUCAGAGAUGCAGAGUGGUCCUCUGGAACAACGUCUGGAUCUUCUCGAAGCCUUCGUGGACAUCAAGCCCAGGGACAAGACUGUCAAGAUCAAAGGAAAGCCUACGGUCCUCGCGACCAAGCGCAACAAAAACAGAACCAAGGCCCGUGUUGAUCUCUUCUCGAGCGACCCCGGCAGUCUAACGAUCGUUGACCUCACCGAUCCCCAUGUGGACGAAGAGUCGGUAUGCGCUCUCUUCGACAUCUGCCUCGCGAUAUUCAUCUCGCAAACGACUUGCGGCAAGAUCAUAGCACUGGACGAGGCGCACAACUACAUGGGCGAAGAUAAUGCUGCCACGGCAAACUUCACCGAACGACUUCUGAAGUCUAUUCGUGAGCAGAGGCACCAGGGCGCGAGGGUAGUUAUCGCUACACAAGAACCCAGCAUCAACACGCGGUUGCUUGACCUCUGCAAUGUCACCAUGGUACAUCGCUGUGCAAGCCAGGCCUGGUAUGACAUACUCAAACAACAUCUUGCAGCACUGAAAGGAGAGGAUCAUCAGAGGGUCUUCGAGAAGAUCGUGCGGUUAAAGACGGGUGAAUGUCUGUUAUUCUGUCCGACAGCAGCAGUCGGAAUUGAUGAGAGGAAGGGCAAGAUCAAGAGGAUGGAUACGGAUUACUGCAAGUUCCUCACGAGGCGUCGGAUCACGGCAGAUGGAGGAAAGAGCAAGCUUGCGGACGGAAGCCAUGUGGAGUAA